CAAGAAAUAUCCUGGUGUUUGAGAGGAAUGGAGGGCAUGAUUUGCAUUUUGAGUGGAGCGGGUUUGAGUGUAGUUGUGUUGUUGAGGUGCCGGACUCACCAGGAACACCAAGGACGCCGGAGACAACGGAGACAUCGGAGACGGAGACCUCGGAGACGGAGAGGGUGGUUCCUUCGGCGAUCAGACUGUUCACGGCAGAAAUGGAUCGCUCUGGUGAGGAACUGUAUCAGAAGUACCUGGAGGCGUCUAACGAGAUGUACUUCCCUCCCGAAUCGGAAGAUCUGCCGAAACCGGUCACCCAGGCGUAUGAUAUGUGGUCGAUGGGCGUGCUGAUGCUGGAUGUGCUAGUUUGGGGGCUGUAUGGGGGCAAGAAUUUGGGGAUUGAUGAGGUUUUUGGGGAAAUGGGCACCCAAAGACCCCCCUCACCACUCAACACCGAUUCCGUCUCCCCCAAAGUCUUCAAGCGAACCAAAGUCAACGCCGAACCGAGCAAUACGAAACUAUACGAACCUUUCUGCCCGUCCGAACUUGACGCCGACGCCAACGCCGACGCUCCUUCCCCUUCCACGCCCAGAUCCUCUGGCAGCCAUGAAACUGCCGUCGAAAUGCGACUAAAGCUCACCAUCCUGGACCGGAAUUUCCCACAUCCUCGAGGAUCUCGUCGAUGCCCCGCGUGUCAGACAGUGGUGUAACUGCAUUAUAAGCCUUCUUGAACCGGAUCCAAGUAAGCGGGUGAUGACAGCCGGUGAGCUGUGUCAACUGCUUCAGCCGGAUACAGAGUUGGGGGGUAGACCUACAUUGCCUACCACUGUAUAUGUGGAUGGUAUACGCUAGCCGG